UCACGGCUCAUGCGCAGAUUUUUUAUCGGUAAAACGAUCGGCCGAUUUGCCCAUCAUUGCUGGGAAAAUCGUCCAAUCGUCAAAAUUGUGUACGAAUUUUUGCAACAUGCCCGAUAAAAAAAAUGUGCAAAAAGCCCGAAAAAACGGCCGACCAAUCCACUAACAGUGCGAAAAUCGGUCGAUUUUCGACCCAAAAAUCGGCUGAUUUUUGACCCAUCUAUGGCCUGCAUUAGAG